ACGGUAGCGGUACCAAAAUUAAAAUGGUUGGAAUUGCCAAGGGAGGAUCUCCUCAUCAAGUGUCUGCGGAUUAUAUAACAGCUUACGAAAGCCUGGGACUAGAGGAAUACGACAGCGCCGCCGCCGCCGCCGGACAGCGUCCGCCGCCGAAAGUCGUGUCAUUUCUCGGCUCGGUUCUUGAGAAGGCGAUUAUGAUGAAUAAUAAGGCGGCGUGGAAGAAGAACAAGGACAAUAAUAAUAAUAAUAAUCUUCUCGUCGCCGUCUUCCAUGGCAGCAGGGCUCCGUCUCUGACGGUUCAUCAGUACGUGGACCGGAUUUUCAGGUACUCGGACUGCAGCCCGGCCUGUUUCGUGGUUGCUUACAUUUACUUGGACCGGUUCGUUGCCCGGACCGGCGCUGUUCUGACGUCACUUAACGUCCACCGCCUUCUCAUUACCUCCGUCAUGUUGGCCGCCAAGUUUCUCGACGACCGUUGUUAUAACAAUGGAUACUACGCGAAGGUUGGAGGGAUAAGCAACUCAGAGCUGAACAAGCUGGAGUUGAAGCUGUUGACAGCUCUUCAUUUCCAGCUCCACGUUACUCUCCCCACCUUCAACGCCUACUGUCUCCACCUCAUCCGGGAAACCCAAUCUCCGGUCAACCACCCGCGGCGGCGGAGGCCGCCGGUUACACUUUUUGGUUUCACAAAAUACAUUGGGUUCAUGCUUCUCCCUUCCAUCCUUGUACUUGGGUACGAAGCCAUGGAUGAGGUGAAGUUACUUGGGUGUUGGGUGAGUCCAUUUGCUCACAGAGUAAAAUGGACUUUGGAGCUAAAGGGAGUGAAGUAUGAAUACACAGAAGAAGAUCUUUCAAACAAGAGCCAGCUGCUUUUGGAGUCCAAUCCAGUGCACAAGAAAGUCCCUGUGCUUCUUCAUGGUGACAAAGCCAUUUCUGAGUCUGCUGUCAUACUUGAAUACAUUGAUGAGGUCUGGCCUCAGAAUCCCCUGUUUCCAGUAGACCCUUACGAAAGAGCCCUAGCUCGGUUCUGGAUCAGCUUUGCGGCAGAUAAGGGCAGUGUUUACCACUCAUUCAUUGUGUCCAAUGAAGAAAGCAGGGAGAAGAGCAAAGAAGAGCUGAUACAAGUGCUCAAGGUAUUGGAAGAUGAAGCUUUGAAGGACAAAAAGUUUUUUGGGGGAGAUGAGAUAGGAGUGGUGGACAUCAUAUUUGGAAACAUACCUCAUUGGUUUGAAGCCAUGGAAGAAGCUGUUGGUGUGAAAGUAGUUGAACCAAAUACUCUGCCUCGCCUACACGCCUGGGCUCAACGCUUCAAACAAGUUCCCGAGAUCAGCCACAAUCUGCCCCUUUAUCAUGACUUGCUUCUCUUUGUCAAGGGCUUUAGGCAGAGCCUUAUUUCAAACACACCAAAGGCUGCUGCCCAGAGUCUGUAAUCUCAGCACUAUAGUCUGUAAUCAAUAUAUAUUAGUGGGUUUAAUUAAAAUUGAAAAACAGGAGUCUCAAGACUUCAAAAUUGAAAGCUAUUAAUGGCUCUAAAUGUUACAUCUUUCAUAUAAAUAAGAUGCUUGUUUCUUCCUUUUCAUUCUUUUUUUACUAAAUAAUUUGAGUUUUU